UCGCGGCCCUUUACCAUCACAAAAGCAGCAGCAGCAGCAGCAGCAGCCACCGAGCGCCAGUCUAGCGUCCCGGACAUGCCCAAGCUCUGGAAUGGGCAGUGCUCUGCCAUGUCCUCGCCCGAUCUAAUGGAGGCCCAGCCCGCACUUUUGCCCAAGACGCGAAGCAACAGCAACAGCAGUACCAAAACAACCAAGAAUCGCAACAGCAAGUAUUGGAUAUUCUCAAUGAUAAUCGAGCGAAGUUCGGCCGCCAAGCGUGGGCAAAUCGACGGCGAUGAUGCAGACACCCCACUGGAGGCCAUUUUGCCGGCCGAACCUGCGGCGGAGCAGGUCUGCUUAUUGCGUGACAGCCCCUUCAGGAUAUUGCGGGAUUCUCAUUCUGCCGCACCAACGCCGACGACAAUGGCAACCAGCGAGAAGGAGACCCCGAAGCGGGAGGUGGUCAUCAGUCCGCUUCGCUACUUGAUCAGCGGCUGUGCCCGCGGGGCGGAGCUCACUGCAAUGGCUCCACUCAACCUGCCCAACAAGUGGGCCCGCAUACUGCGAAUGUCCUCCGCACCAAAGAUACAAAUCGAUGACUUUCUCCAGGCAGCCGAGUCUGGAAACCUGGAUGACUUCAAGCGGCUGUUUAUGGCGGACAACACGCGCAUUUCCCUCAAGGAUGGCAAGGGACGGACGGCUGCCCAUCAGGCUGCGGCCAGGAAUCGUGUCAACAUACUACGCUACAUUCGGGAUCAAAGUGGGGACUUUAAUGCGAAGGACAAUGCCGGAAAUACGCCACUCCACAUUGCCGUCGAGUGUGAUGCCUACGAAGCCUUGGACUUUCUGUUGUCCAUACCGGUGGACACUGGAGUGCUCAACGAGAAGAAACAGGCGCCCGUCCACCUGGCCACCGAGCUGAACAAGGUGAAGUCGCUGAGGGUGAUGGGCCAGUACCGGAAUGUCAUCGACAUACAGCAGGGCGGAGAGCAUGGACGAACGGCGCUACAUUUGGCGGCCAUCUACGAUCACGAGGAAUGCGCUCGCAUCCUGAUAACUGAGUUCGAUGCAUGCCCCCGUAAGCCGUGUAACAACGGCUAUUAUCCCAUUCACGAGGCUGCUAAGAACGCCAGCUCCAAGACAAUGGAGGUCUUCUUCCAGUGGGGCGAACAACGCGGCUGUACACGCGAGGAGAUGAUAUCCUUCUACGAUUCGGAGGGCAAUGUGCCACUGCACUCGGCCGUACAUGGUGGCGACAUCAAGGCUGUGGAGCUGUGCCUCAAGUCCGGGGCGAAGAUAUCCACGCAGCAACAUGAUCUCUCGACACCAGUGCAUCUGGCCUGUGCUCAGGGCGCCAUUGAUAUCGUGAAGCUGAUGUUCGAGAUGCAGCCGAUGGAGAAGCGGAUCUGCCUGAGCUGCACUGAUGUGCAGAAGAUGACGCCGCUGCACUGCGCCUCCAUGUUCGACCAUCCGGAUAUUGUGUCCUUUUUGGUGAGCGAGGGAGCCGACAUCAAUGCAUUGGACAAGGAGCAUCGUUCGCCGCUUUUGCUGGCUGCCUCGCGCAGCGGCUGGAAGACGGUCCAUCUCCUGAUUCGAUUGGGUGCCGGUAUUAGCGUCAAGGAUGCGGCUGCUCGCAAUGUCCUGCACUUUGUCAUCAUGAACGGUGGCAGGUUGACGGACUUUGCCGAGCAGGUGGCCAAUUGCCAGACCAACAACCAGCUGCAGCUGCUGCUCAACGAGAAGGACAGCAUGGGCUGCUCGCCGCUCCACUACGCCAGUCGCGAUGGGCACAUUCGCUCGCUGGAGAAUCUCAUUCGGCUGGGUGCCUGCAUCAAUCUCAAGAACAACAACAACGAGAGUCCGCUGCACUUUGCCGCCCGCUACGGCCGCUACAACACCGUGCGCCAGCUGCUCGACUCCGAGAAGGGUUCGUUCAUCAUCAACGAGAGCGACGGAGCCGGGAUGACGCCGCUGCACAUUUCCUCGCAGCAGGGGCACACCCGUGUCGUUCAGCUGCUGCUUAAUCGCGGGGCACUGCUGCACAGGGAUCACACCGGACGCAAUCCACUCCAACUGGCAGCCAUGUCUGGCUACACCGAGACCAUUGAGCUGCUGCACUCGGUGCACUCCCAUCUGCUCGAUCAGGUGGACAAAGAUGGGAACACUGCUCUUCAUCUGGCCACCAUGGAGAACAAGCCGCAUGCCAUCUCCGUGCUGAUGUCCAUGCAGUGCAAGUUGGUGUACAAUGUCCUCGACAUGAGUGCCAUUGACUAUGCCAUCUACUACAAGUAUCCGGAGGCAGCUCUGGCCAUGGUCACGCACGAGGAGCGAGCCAAUGAGGUGAUGGCCCUACGAUCCGACAAGCAUCCGUGUGUCACCCUGGCGCUGAUUGCCUCCAUGCCGAAGGUCUUCGAGGCGGUGCAGGACAAGUGCAUCAGCAAGGCCAACUGCAAGAAGGACUCGAAGAGCUUCUACAUUAAGUACUCUUUUGCAUUCUUGCAAUGCCCAUUUAUGUUUGCCAAGAUCGAUGAGAAAACCGGAGAGCCGAUAAUGACAACAAAUCCCAUACCGUUGCCGGCGUUGAAUACCAUGGUAACCCAUGGACGCGUGGAGCUGCUGGCACAUCCACUCAGCCAGAAGUAUCUGCAAAUGAAGUGGAACUCCUACGGCAAGUACUUUCAUCUGGCCAACCUGCUGAUCUACUCGAUAUUCCUGGUCUUUGUCACAAUCUACUCGUCCCUGAUGAUGAACAACAUUGAGCUGGAGCCGGGCGUAAACAAGUCCAUGAGCCAAUACUGCAAUUUGGGCUGGGACCAGUUGACACAAAAUCUCUCGCAGAAUCACUAUGCGGCCACGCACUUUCGACAGGACUCGUGUGUGGAGCGCAUCAAUCGUACCACGGCCAUUCUGUUCUGUGCCGGGGUCAUUGUGGUCUACAUUUUGCUCAAUUCGAUGCGGGAAAUACUGCAGAUCUAUCAGCAACGCUUACACUACAUCCUCGAGACGGUCAACUUGAUAUCCUGGGUGCUGUACAUAUCGGCGCUGGUCAUGAUUGUGCCAGCUUUUCGUGCCGAUGGCAUCAUUACGAGCAUUCACUAUUCGGCCGCCUCGAUUGCUGUGUUUCUGUCCUGGUUCCGGCUGCUGCUGUUCCUGCAGCGCUUCGAUCAAGUUGGCAUCUAUGUGGUCAUGUUUCUGGAGAUCCUGCAGACGCUCAUCAAAGUGCUGAUGGUCUUCUCCAUACUGAUCAUUGCAUUCGGACUGGCCUUUUACAUUUUGCUCUCGAAGAUUAUCGAUCCACAGCCGAACCACUUGUCCUUCUCGAACAUACCGAUGUCUCUGCUGCGCACCUUCUCCAUGAUGCUGGGCGAACUGGACGUUGUCGGCACCUAUGUGAACACCUACUAUCGCGAUCGACUCAAAGUGCCCAUGACCUCGUUCUUGAUUCUGAGCGUCUUCAUGAUACUCAUGCCCAUUCUGUUGAUGAAUUUGCUUAUCGGUUUGGCUGUUGGCGACAUCGAGUCGGUGCGUCGCAAUGCCCAGCUGAAGCGUCUGGCCAUGCAGGUGGUUCUGCACACGGAACUGGAGCGCAAGCUGCCACAUGUCUGGCUGCAGCGUGUCGACAAAAUGGAGCUCAUCGAAUACCCCAACGAGGCCAAGUGUAAGGUCGGCUUCUGUGACUUUAUCCUACGCAAAUGGUUCUCUAAUCCCUUCACCGAGGAUUCCUCCAUGGACGCCAUCUCCUUUGACAACAACGAUGAUUUUAUCAAUGCGGAACUCGAGCGGCAGCGUCGCAAGCUGCGGGACAUAAGCCGCAUGCUGGAGCAGCAGCAUCAGCUGAUGCGGCUCAUAGUCCAGAAGAUGGAGAUCAAAACGGAGGCAGACGAUGUGGACGAGGGCAUAUCACCGAAUGAGCUGCGCUCCGUUGUGGGCUCAACCUCGGCUGGCACCAACCGCUGGAACUCUCCGCGCAUAAGGAACAAGCUACGAGCCGCCCUCAGCUUCAACAAGAGCAUGUAGAUCGAGUCGGGCCACCUAUCUACCAUUUAUCUACUAUAUCUACACAUAUAUUAUUCCCAGUAGCGAAAUGUUUCUCUUUCUCUAUGUGUGCGUAUGUGUCUCUAUCUGCCUGUGUGUGUGUGUGUGUGUAAUUUACAGUCUCACUUGGGACGAGAAUUGUGAGGAAGGAUCGUAGCGAAAUGCUUGAGAUGAGGUGGUAAUCCUCAAAGGAAGAACCAUUGACGAAUUUAUAGGCCAGGCAACUAGUUGGAAUGUAGCUUCAAAAUGCACUUAGUGGACUUUCAUAAUAGUUGUUUUGAUGUCUUUUUGAAAUCCAUAAAAUAAAGUCAA